AUGUCUGCCAACAAAGGUUGGUGGAUGCCACCUGAGGGUGAAGACAGCGUAUCUAAGAAAUUUCUGAGGAAGUCCAGGGAGUCUCCGCUGGUACCUAUAGGCUUGGGAGCCUGCCUGGUGGUGGUGGCGUAUAGGAUAUACCGGCUGAAGGCUCGUGGUCCUACUAAGAUGUCCAUACAUCUGAUUCACACCCGCGUGGCAGCUCAAGCAUGUGCCGUGGGUGCAAUCAUGCUGGGUGCCGUGUACACAAUGUACAGGGACUACAUCAAGGCAAGAGCACAGGAUCCCGGGGAAAAGUAG